CUGCUAUGGAGGCUAAAUUCUGACUAUCUUUCAGAUUUUCAGCGAUCAUGACGUCAGUUUCCUGAACGCACCUUCAAAGGAUAAGGCAUUUGAGUUGCUGAUGCUGGAUGAUGCUGGAAAUCUGACGACAGACAAGCUGAGGAAAAUCUACGAGAACGUCGGUCCUCUGCAGCUGGCCAGGCGUAGCUUCCUGGGGCUCAGGCAGGUCUCAACUCCGCGCCAGUAUUUCGGCACCAUGCUGGAAUUCGUGGGACGUACAAGCGACAUAUCUGAGGAGGAUAUCCAUAGGUCCGUUGCCAUAGAUGUGGACUAUGUGGGCACCAUGGAUUUUGACAUGGCACCUGCAGACAUGGAGUUUCUUAUGAGGCAAGGAGCAGCAGCGACUGUUGCUUUUCUCGAGGAAAAGAAGCAGCUUAAGGAUAAGCAAAAGAAGGACGGCAUGGAAAUGUAAACAAGACUGGAAUCUUAAUUGAAGAGUCCAAGCAACAGGCUUUAUAGUUCGAACUAUAUAGUAGUUAUCUUAAUUUUGCGCCAUAUAUCGGUACUGGCAUUUCCCUUUACUUUAAUGAGACUGUCCUAUGUAUGGGAGGUAAAGGCGUUAGCUUUUCUAAUGAAAGAAAGGGUUAAGGAAUACCUUAUAAUUUUGAUUACUUAAGCAAUCCAAGCAACUGGCGAAGUAGUUCUUUGACUUGUACCACAUGCAUCGGCACUGGUAUCUACCAUAUGUUUCAAUGAGGCUCUUUUCUGUAUGCGAAUUAUCAAAGACGUAAUAUGUUCCUUUGAAUGCAAAAAUUAAGGACUACUUAUUCAUUAUACCCAGGAGGAUAUAACCUAGCUGAUUAUAAUCAAGUAAUCCUGACAGGCUAUUGCAAUAAUGACUUUGCUUUAAAUUUUUACAUCAUUUGUUUUACAUGCUCUGUAUUCAUCUAGUAAAAAGGAAUAAACAGAAAAUAUAUACAAAA